GUAGUAUGCCACCUGUGGUUCUGCAUGUGCCUGUGUGUGCCUGUAAACUUCUCCCCCUUUCCGUAUUGUGAAUCCCCUGUGGUGGCUUGCCGUGCUUAAUUGCCUUCCCGUGGAGCAUUUUGCUUCGCUCCAAUGCGCAGCUGAGGGGGCCGCCACCACAGAUCACCUCACAUAUCACCGCACAUUCACAUAACGGAUAAUCUGAUGCGCCACUUGUCACACAUGGCCCAUCGAUUGAACGCCAACUUUGUGAAAAAGGAGACGCGGCCGAGCGUACGCCCCCUUGAGAAACACAGCACGUCAGGGGGGAAACUCUCAUGCGGUGCAAAUAAGAAGUGAGCAGAUGCACAGGUAUACGCACACGUGCAUACGUACACACCCACGUGCGCACCCUAACCAACAUGAGAGGAAGCAACCGGAGAAGAGCGAGCGAAGCAAAACAUGUAUGAGAGAUUUUGGGAGAAAAUAAGCUUCGCUUCAGUUAAUUUACUAUCGAAGCUAAACUUUGGAGACAGAGACAGAGGCAGGGGCAGGGGCAGCAAAAAGGAACGAGCAAAGCUAAGGGGCAUAAAAAAGGGCAAGAAAAAUGCCACGACACUCCCGUUGCUAUUAAGAAUAGAAGAUCACCCAAAGAGGAAAAAAAAAAAAACAUUUCGGGAAAGCUUCAAAAAGGAACAGCCAUUUUGGUAUUUGCUCCGGAAAAAUAAGUACUCCCAAGUGAAGCCUCUUUUCAAUGACAUUGUUAAGACGUAUACUGAGAGGCAACUUCUGAGCGACUUAUCUUUGAAUUUUUUGUGCUGGCUAGCUAGUAGGGAAAAGUGCGCCAACAGUUUGAGUGCCCGCGAUGUCCACACGCUGCUGCUCAUUCUGAGUCGGGAGUUUUUGGCCAGGCGCGAUGGGGAGGCGGCGGCGAUGAGUGGUGGUGCGCAUGGCGAUGUGAAAGUUGGUGUGCAUAACGAUGUGAAGGACGUCGCUGACGACGGGGGGGACCCCCCCCUGGAGAACGACCGAGACGCGAAAAUCCUAAAAACGAGCUGCUACUUACUGCGACAGCUAUAUUUGAACGGGGAGGGGAGCGACGUGGUGGACGACUCCUUUGCGAUUCUCUUUUUAACAAAACUGAAUUACGUAGUGGAGAAAAAAAACAACCUCGGGCAGAAAGACCUCAGGCAUAAUUACAGCUUCUACUUCUACGUCCUCCUCCUCUACUAUUACCUCUAUGUGUAUAACAACACGAAGAGUGUUGUGUUGUUCCCCGGAGGAAGAAUUUUUAAAUUCUCUUUCGGGGGAACCAAUGAGAUGGCACUGGUUCAUAGGAGGUAUGAUUCGGUGAAGGACAGCUGCAUGCACAAUAUGAAGAGGUAUGGAUCUUAUAGUGAGACCCACAACUGUGUUGACAAAGAGGAGGGUAAAAAAACGAAGGAUUAUUUCAACAAAAGGAAGUAUUCUCAUUUUUUGAAGAAUAACUAUUCCAUCAAUUUUGAUUGUCUAAAGGAGCAUAUCCAUUUGUUCUUCAAAUUUAAUGAUAUGUCUAAUGUACAUUUUGUCACCCACAUGGAAAGACUGAAAGUUUUGCAAUUGACUUCUCAUGAGUGUAUUAGGAGAGGGAAGUCCCACUGGAUGAGCGAACCUGUCAGCAAUUAUUUGAUGCUAUGUCUGCGGCUUCUUUCUAAACUGAAUAGUAAACGGGAGGGAGGUAAUUACCCCCAAGCGAAGUGCAGUAAUGGUGUACCAAGCAGCAGUAGCGAAAAUGCGAGGGGCGGAAAAAAAAACAACGCGAAUUUUUUCACAGCAGAAAAGGAAAAAAAUAAACGAAGAAAAGUCCCGACCAAUUUGUUAUUAACAAAUAUUAGCAACGAAAGGAAGAGACAAAAAAAUAAGAUAGUGUUAACCGAACUGUUGUACCAAGCUAUUGACUAUGUGACGUUAAAUGGGGAGACGCCUCCGUGCAGCAGCAAAGGGAACAACAGCAUCAUCGAAAAUGGGCUGAGCGAAAUAGUUAAUUGCCUUGAGAAAAAAUUUAAACUCAAGUACGUAGGAAGCGCAAAGGACGUGGAGCACCUCUCACAGAGUGAAAGCAAAAAAAAAUCCAAAAAUGAAAAAAAUGCGGACGGUGAGGAGAACAUCCUCUUUAACAUCAUCAACAUAGACAGCAAAUUAAAAAAUAAAAAUAAAGGCAACUUAAAUGUAGAAACUUUGCUGAAGAAGAUAAAUGACCUGCUCAGCAUCGGGAGGGACCCCUCCGCAUACGUCCACUCGGGGCUCCACAUUAUCAUCAGGAAUAUGUGCCUCAACAGACUCAACUCGCUAAACAUAGAUUUGCUCUUCCUCGUAAAUUUGUACUCGAACAAUAAUUUUAAAAAUAAGUUUUUUCAUUACGAUUGGAAGUUGGCCACCACGCCGUGGGGUAGCGAAAAUGGCGGCGGGGGUGCCGCCCAAGAGACGCACAUAGAGGCACCGAAUGAAGCGGAAACGGGUGGGCAGGACGCGGCGAAAGAGGGUGAGAAGUCAGAUAUCCUUCCAUCGGUGGGCCUUCCAUCGGUGAGCCUUCCAUCAGUGAGUCUUCCAACAGUCAGCCUUCCAUCUCUCCACCUCCCAACUUUGAACCUCCCAACCCUGAACCUCUCCUCCCUGAACCUCUCCGCCCUGUACACCCCGCUGACCAACAAAGCGGAGGACGACUCCUUCAACCCAGAAGCGAAAAAAAAAUCGCAGGGCGUGGCAAAAAGGAAGAAUAAACGUAUCCACAACGAGCUCUCACUAUGCUUAAAAAUCAUUGCAAACAGUUUCGCCUCCAAAGACCUUUGCUUCAAUUCCUUUUCACUGCUAUAUUUCAUGUAUAAAAAUAUCCUAGACAAUGUGAUGAGGAUAUCUUUUAAUUUUACCUACUUUAUCAGUGCCGAGUUUUUUUUUUUCAACGACAAUAUGAAUUUCCUCUCGCUUGUAAAUUUGAAAAGGGAGCUGAUGCCAAGUUCGGUGUACUUUGACAGCAUAAGAGCCUUUACCAACAUCAAAACGCACUAUAAGUACUUCCUUGGGUUGGCCAGAGAGGGGGUGCAGAAGGAAGAGGUCAAGAGGUGGAGGCAGCAUCCGAUUCUUCUGUCCAGUUUGAGGGGUGAUCUGCAAAGCGGUGGUGACGUAAGAAGCGGUGGUGACUUGCGAAGCGGUAGGGAUCUACAAAGCGGUAGAGAUCUACAAAGCGGUGGAGAGGAAACCCCCCAACCGUGGCGCACCCCCUUCGAUUUAUUUUUGGACCGCGUGGACAAUCUGCUGAAGGAUGCCACGGUUGGUCAGAAGCUAAAUUCGAAGGAGCUCCUAUGUGAGUGCCCGACUCACCAAACUUACUUUUUGGCGAAGAAAAAAAAAAAAAAAAAAAUCCUGCUAGAUGAGCAUAUGUACCUUAUUAGCAGUUACAAUCAUCAUUUUUAUAACCUACACGAUCGAUUCUUGCCAAUCUAUACGUAUUCCAAAAUGUGCCACAUAGACAGGAAAAAGGGAAACCCCCCCGGGGAGGCAAUACUAAGGAAGAGGGAAAAAAUGAGGAAUUACACAAUCGAAGCGAAUGUAAAGGUAAGGCAACCACAGAGGAGGAAAAAGAAAAAGGUGGACAUAGUGAUGGUGCACGGACUGAGGGGAAACGCCCUCCGAACAUGGAGGUUCUCCAACCUGUAUCACAACAGCCCCAAUUAUCGCUUCUACUACCGAAAUGAUAAUUUGAAAAGGUACGAGAAGGGAGUUACCAACACGAAGACGGGCAGUAGUGACAGCGCGAACGAGAGCGAUGAUAGCACGGAUGGGGGCAAACAUUACGUGUGGUCCUUCCUCGAUAUAAACGGAAAAAAGGAAGAGGAACUUUGUAACCAAUCACUCAGUGGAAGCUCCUCUUUAGAGAAAAAUGAAGUGAAAGAAAAAGAGGAUGAACUUUUUACCGCCAUAAAUAACAACACGGACAAAUUUAAAGGCAAUCGAAACGUCUUCCUUUUUGACGAAUCAAGUAGAGAAAUAAGGAAUUGCAUAAAGAUACGAAAUAGCUUUCGCUUUGUGGCAAAUGAAGAUUUAAUCAAUAUGAUGUUGUUAAAUUAUAAGCAUAAUCAAAACGUCUUUUCCGUUUAUGCAGAUACUCGAAUUAUUAACAAAAAUAUUUUUAAGUCCAUUUUUUUGAAUAAUAACAAAUUAAAAAAUGAUUUGGAUCUUUACAGCGAUUUGCUGUCCUACCUGCUGUGGCCCGUUUAUUUGUUGUUCCCCCGGAGCAGGCGCUCGAAUAUUUUCAUUUUUAACUAUCACUCCCCGUUGUACCCCGAUGGGAGUUACUACGUCAAGCGGGGUCGCCGGAACGGCAGGGGGGACUCGGCGAGGCGAGACAAGCUGGAGAGGGGGGAGGGCGAAGGCGGCGAGGAGGGAAGGGAAGGCGACGAGGAGGGAAGGGGCGCAGAAAAAAAGGAGGAAAACCACCCCGAAAGGACCCGAGUGGGGCUCCUCAACGGCUCCAUUAACGGAGAGGAUAAGAAGGAGCCGGACAGUCAGGGGCACAUGUUUUCCUACCUCAGCUCGAUUAAUUCCCUAUUUACGAAAAAGGAGGAAAGCCACGAACAGUGUUUUAACAAGCAAAAAUAUUUCUACACAGACAGAAUGAAUCUGGAGGAGUUGUCCAUUUUUCUUUUAAAAAAAUUAAAAGGCAUAAACAUAGGAAGGCAUAAUGACAUUAUAUUUAUUGCUCAUUCCAUGGGGGGGUUAUUAACACAGUACGUAUUGCUAAAAAAUGAUGACAUUUUGCGGAGGACCAAAUUUGUAUUUUUUUACGCCUCUCCCCAUUUUGGCUCUCCCCUUUCCUCGACGGCCUUUUUAUUUAAAACCUUUUUAUCGCCCUAUGUGUAUCAGCUCAAUGACUACGAUUCGACGCUCAGCAAUUUGCAGUACUCCUUCAGGGAAAGGAUAAAGGACUCAACCGUCAAGGUUUAUUCCUUCUCCGAGUCGGAGAAAACGCCCUUGCCGAUUAUAGGCGUGCACACAAUGAUCGUCCCAAGCGUCAGCUCCUAUUUGAACUACUCCAAAAUGUUUACAAUCAUCAAGGACUGCAAUCAUCUCGAAAUAAGCAAGUUAAACAGCGAGGAUGACGUGAAGUACCAUUAUUUGAAUAGGGCAAUACGGGAAGUGCUGCGGGCGAAAUAG